AUGGCACGAGACGACGAUAUCCUGACCGAUGUCCCGGGCACUGUCUACCUGGUAGAUGCAUCACAUUCCCUGCACGAUGCUGUUCAUGCCGGAAAGCAGGACAUUCUUCUCCUCCCCCAACCUUCCAACUCGCCGGCAGACCCGCUGAAUUGGUCACGGAAGAAAAAGGUUUGGUCUCUCUUCCUGAUAUCAUUCUACGCCUGUGUAUUUUCAUUCGGUGAAAAUAACUGGGGCGCUAGUUGGACCUUGAUUUCUGAUGAUACCGGCGUCAGCUUGAACAACAUGAAUGGGGGUAGCGCGGUGAACUAUCUCCUGCUUGGUUUCUUCAACAUCAUAUGGAUCCCCACUGCGAUGAAGCUGGGCCGCAAGAUAGUCUAUAUUCUCAGUCUUAUAUGUCUCCUCGGAGGCAGUGUCUGGGGAGGCUUCUAUACGGGCACUGGUCAGUACUAUGUUAUGCUUGCAAUUCAAGGCAUUGGAACUGCGGCAUAUCAGGCUUUGAUCCAGCUUACAAUCUUCGACAUGUUCUUCACCCAUGAGCGUGGCCGUAUGGUUGCAUUUUAUAUCUUCUUCCAGCAACUCGGAUCGAUUCUCGGACUAAUUUUGGGCGGUUAUAUUUCCGAUGGGAUCGGCUGGCGCUGGAGCUCCCCCAUUGUAGCGAUCGCAUGCGGUGUCUUGAUUCUGCUAUUCGUCUUCGCAUUUGACGACACAAUGUUCCCCAGAUUUCGCUUCAGCUCGCGCAUCGACCCAUCUCAACCUACUGGAAAGACCGGUGAUCAAGGGGAGCCAGAGAAAGAAACCCAACUAGAAUCUCCCGUGCUUGAAGUUACAAGUAAUGUUCUCGGAGAGGAUAUCACGCCACGGUCCUACCGACAAAAAAUCGCAUUGAUCCACUACUUUACGGAUGACGAGACUACCUGGUUUCAAUACUUCCGUCGUCCAUUUUACCUCUUCGCAUUUCCAAACAUUGUGCUCGCUGGUAUCCAGUUUGCAUUUGGCUGCACUGCCGGAAUUGUCUCUUUCAACACCAUCUCAGAGAUCAUGACCGAGGCCCCAUACAACUGGAGCACGGGGUCGACUGGUUUGAUAUUUCUUGCUGCUUUGAUUGGCAACUUCCUUGGAAUGGGAAUCGGAUCCUUAUCUGAUUGGGUCGUGCUCACUCUCGCACGCCGCAACAAGGGAUACAAGGAGCCGGAAAUGAGAAUUUGGACGUACAUAUUCCCGUUGAUUUUUAGUGCUAUUGGAUACUUCCUUUACGGCUGGGCUGCUACUAAUGGCGAUCACUGGAUGGCCAUUGCGGUGGCAUUGUGCUGCCUGAUCGCCCAGCAGGUGUCUAUCACGAGCAUGGCAACGGCUUAUGCGAUGGAAUGCUUCGACGGGAUAUCCGGUGAACUGGUCGUCGUGCUCGCCAUUUGCUCCUCUCUCAUCAACUUCGCCAUCUCGUACUCUGUUCAGCCGUUCAUUGAUGCCACAUCCUAUGGCUGGUCCUUUACUUUCUACGGAAUCUUGGUGGUUCUAUCCGUCUGUAUGGGUGGUCCCAUGAUAAUAUGGGGCAAGACAUGGCGACGGAAGUGCAAACCUCGGUAUGAGCAGUUCCUGGCCGAAACAGGGCGGGGAAGCGUCUCUGCGCAAUAA